GUUAUAAGCCAUAUAUAUGCGAAUUGUGUGGCAAAGGAUUUCAUCAGAAUGGCAACUAUAAAAAUCAUAAAUUGACACACAGCGGCGAAAAACGAUUUAAGUGCGAAAUUUGCAAUAAGGCUUUCCAUCAAACAUAUAAUUUAACCUUUCAUAUGCACACACAUCGGGAACAAAAACCGUUUGUCUGCUCAGUUUGUGCAAAAGGAUUCUGUCGAAAUUUUGAUCUCAAGAAACAUUUGAAAAAGUUGCAUAACGUUACUGUAUCAUCGGAACAAAUUCGUUCAUAGAU